UCAGCAGUUCUAGUACUUAUCACUGUCUCCCUAACCACGUGUCCUUCUGUUUUGUUAGUUCUUAUAACUGCAACUGCACCCAGUGGGCUGACCCAUGGCUGGAGGGAACCACUCGGGGGUGUCCGAGUUUGUGUUCCUGGGCCUCACCAGCUCCCAGGAGCUCCAGCGUCUCCUCCUGGUGUUCUCCUCGGUCCUCUACACGGCGAGCAUGACUGGGAACAGCCUCAUUGUGUUCUCUGUGACCACAGACCCUCACCUGCACUCCCCCAUGUACUUCCUGCUGGCGGGCCUCUCCUUCAUCGACCUGGGAGCCUGCUCGGUCACGUCCCCCAAGAUGAUUUAUGAUCUGUUCAGAAAGCGCAAGGUCAUCUCCUUUGGAGGCUGCAUCGCCCAGAUCUUCUUCAUCCAUGUGAUCGGCGGUGUGGAGAUGGUGCUGCUCAUGGCCAUGGCCUUUGACAGGUACGUGGCCAUCUGCAAGCCUCUUCACUACCUGGCCAUCAUGAGCCCACGGGUGUGCGUUUUGUUUGUGGCUGCUGCCUGGGACCUUGGCAUUAUUCACUUCCUGUUCCAACUGGUGUUUCUCACUGGCUUGCCCUUCUGUGGCCCUAACGUGUUGGACAGCUUUUACUGUGACCUCCCUCGGCUCCUCAGGCUGGCCUGCGCAGACACCAGUCGGCUGCAGUUCAUGGUGACUGUGAACAGUGGGUUCAUCUGCGUCGGCUCUUUCUCUGUGCUUCUCAUCUCCUACACCUUCAUCCUGGUCAGUGUUUGGAAACACUCCUCAGGAGCGUCCUCCAAGGCCCUGUCCACCUUGUCAGCUCACAUCACUGUGGUGAUCCUGUUCUUUGGUCCCACCCUGUUUGUUUAUACCUGGCCACACCCCAAUUCACAGAUGGACAAGUAUCUUGCUCUCUUUGAUUCUGUCCUCACUCCCGUUCUGAAUCCAGUCAUCUACACAUUCAGGAAUAAAGAGAUGAAGGCCGCCAUGAAGAGAGUGUGCAAACGGAUUUACAGGACGAUGUCCUUACUGGUGGGUUAAGACGCUCUGCUCCACAGCCUGCAGCUAUGUGUCUUCCUUUGGAAUGGUAGAUUCAGGAACUUUGAGAUUGAAAUACUGAUUUGGAUGCAGUUAUGCUGUGACGUCCUUCUUAUCUGAUGAGCAUGUUUACGGCUCACGGAGGAUAGGCCACGAUGCACUACAUCUGUCCACGUG